AUGGCCGCCCGACCGAGUCCUAGCAGCACAAGCCCCUCGAACUUGUCCAACAGCCCGUUCCCCCACGGCUCCCACGGUUCUCACAGUAGCUCCACGUCGUCGUCGCCGCCGAAGCCUUUUGCGUCACACAAUACCAUGACGGCCGACGUCUUCGCACCGCCCAUGUAUGGCAUGCCGGGUGCCGUCGGAGAGCGCAGGCCCCUCGAAAAGAGCCUCACCAACAGCGCGCGCUACUCCAUUCUUCUGCGCAGACUUCCCAGCAGCAGCGAUCGCGAUGCCGUGCGCAACAUCCUGCUCUUCGCAAAAGACCUUAUCGACUGCGAAAUCCUUCCACCGUCCCGGAAUGCGGAUGACAAAGGUUUCGCCUGUGCCAUUGCGCAUUUCCAGACGCUCGAGGGCGCAAAGGAAGCGCGCCAACUCCUCGACGGGAAGCGCAAUGCCACCAACGAUGCGACGCUGGUCGUCGAGCUGACACAGGACGUAUCGCCUGGUGCAAUCGGCUCGCGCCGCAACACAGUCGACAGCACUUCUGCGCGACAAGCCACAGGCACAGGCGCCAUGACCGGCGCUACAACCAACGCCCGACAAUCAUCGCGAUACAACGGCACCUUCCAAAACAUGGAGAACAUGUCCCCACCCAACGGGACCCCAGGUCUUGGCAACGGAGAGUUCCCGGUCAACAACCUAUUCUCGCCGACAUCCCCCGUCAACACCUCUUUCACGAGCCGCAACUUGGGCAAGUCGGUCAUCAACGAAGACGCCGACGAUGACGACGGCCUGCUUAACGAGUCAAUUGGAUACGCCACGGGCGGUCCGCCAAUGCACUCCGGCAUGCAGCGUCGCGCCACGAAUCCCCACACCCCUUCCAUUCCCAUUCAGCGCUUCGGAUCUCUUUCUCUAAACACAAACGGCGUGCCGAAUGCCACGUCUCCGCCUCUAUCCAACUUUGCUUCUCCACGUUCUGGAUCCAAUAUGCAGUCGCCUGGUCCGGCCUUGUCAGCCUUGUCACCACAUAGUAUCCCCUCCGCACUGAGCAGCGGACCUAGCACUGGCUAUCAGCAGUACACGCAGCAUUUUGCGCGCCCCACAUAUCCUCCAGUGAAUCCUGCUGACCAAAAUCCACCAUGUAACACUCUCUACGUGGGCAAUCUCCCCAUGGACACAUCAGAAGACGAACUCAAAGCUGUCUUCUCGAAGCAGCGUGGAUACAAGCGACUCUGUUUCCGUACCAAGCAAAACGGGCCCAUGUGUUUUGUCGAAUUUGAAGACACUUCUUUUGCUACCAAGGCUCUGAAUGAGCUUUACGGAUACAUGCUUCACAACAGCGUCAAGGGUGGUAUCCGCCUGAGCUUCUCCAAAAACCCCCUGGGUGUGCGUAGCGGCCAGAAUUCAGUCAUGGGACCGCAAUCUGCUAUUGCCCCUUCUACCCCUCUUCCGGGUUUCGGUAGCAGUGCCGCAGGUCCCCCAGGCUUCUCUACGGCUACCGGCCCACCGCCAGGAUUAUCCGUGCCUCCGGGCCUGUCUACUCCAGUGCACUCCAACAACAGCUCCGGCUUUGGCAUGUACUCCAACGGUGGUUUCGGUAUGGGCCACACCGACAUGGCGGGUGCUAUGCGCCAGCCACUCGCGUCAAGUGGUGCUAGCAACGGCUUUUCGGGCUAUUCCACUUACAUGAUGGGGCGCUAG